CUUUUUCAGCUUUUGAGGCGUGCGCUAUAUUGAUUCUUCUCCAAAAUUGAGAGUGAAGGUGAAUCUGAGGCGUCCUCUCCGCAUAAUGGUGCUUUCCAGAAGCAGCAAUGAUUUUUACGAAGCUUUCUGGUGAUUAAGGCUUUUAAUUUCCAGCAAUUUACGUGAAGGAGAAUGGAUUAUGUGCGCGCGCGCUCCCAUCAGCAUGACAAGAAUCGAGUUGAGAGCGCGCACGACAGACAAAUGACAAUUUUAGUCAUUAUGUUGUUUUUUGCUGCGCUUAUUCCAUACGCGCUCACAGCACAUUUGGCUGUCAUAUCCCCUCAGGAUCCAGUGCUCCACAUCGGCUCGAGCUUGACUGCGGUGUGCACCAUUAGCGCCGAGCUGGAAAUCACAGCUAGAUCCUUGUACUGGACGCUGAACGGAAGACGCUUGGCGAGAAACACUUAUAAAGUCCUGAGCCCGACCGAAUCCAGUGUCACACUUCAUCAACUCAAUGGCUCUUUGCAGCGGUCAGGAGACAAUCUGGUUUGCCACCGAAGUAACGGAGAAGUGUUGGCCGGAUCAUGUCUUUAUGUUGGAUCGUCCCCUGAGAAACCCGUCAAUUUGACAUGCUGGUCACGAAACACCAAGGAUCUCAGCUGCAGAUGGAGUCCGGGAAGUCAAGGAGAGACGUUCAUCAACACCAAAUACAUCCUCAAGUACAAACUAAAAUGGUAUGGUAAAGAGAAAGACUGUGAGGACUAUACUGGACAGCCGUAUACGUGCUACGUUCCUCGCGACCUUGCCAUUUUUACGCCGUAUGAAGUCUGGGUGGAGGCGUCCAAUCAGCUCGGCUCUGCGACUUCUGAUGUCAUCACCUUAGACAUUUUAGAUGUAGUAACUACAGAUCCGCCUCUUGAUGUCCUUGUGAGCCGCGUUGGAGAGCUGGAAGAUCAGUUAAGUGUGCGUUGGGGCAGUCCUCCUGCCCUGAAGGACUACCUGUUUCAGGCCAAGUAUCAGAUACGAUACCGUGUGGAGGAGAGCGACGAAUGGAAGGUGAUAGAUGAUGCUGGGAACCAGACGUCUUGUCGGUUAGCGGGUCUCAGGGCUGGUACAGUGUAUUUCGUCCAGGUACGCUGCAACCCGAUUGGCAUCUACGGCUCAAAGAAAGCAGGUAUUUGGAGCGACUGGAGCCACUCGACUGCCGCGUCGACACCUGGCAUUGACAGGUCACAUAUUGGCACGUGCGAUUCGAAGCCCAGCGAGCACAACUCGACGCUACGAAAGGAGCUCAAGCAGUUUUUCGGCUGGAUGCGCAAACACUCUUACGGCUGUACGGACGUCAGUAUCAAACUCUACGACCAAUGGCGCGUCUGGCUGCAGAAAGCCCAGAAAACGCACGACCAGGUACUACAAAGCGGUAAAUCAUAGUGAAACUCUAAAGAAGGCUUGGGAGAGUUUGCGGGGGCCUGCGACGACAAGGGUUUUAUCACUCUCCAGUGCUUGGGACUUUCAUUUGGAUGAGCCAAGACUCUCCGAAGGAAUCCGCUAGGAGCCUGUCGUUUGGCGACAUGAUCUACUGUUUGCCUCCUGCUGUAGUCCCCAUUCCAAGGAAGCGCUUUUGUCUCAGACAUGUUAUUUAUAAGGGCAUUAAAACAUAAAGAAAGACUGAAGAAAGAAAUUACAUGAGAGGGCAUGCGAUGUUCAAAAAAAAAAAAAAAGAGAUAAUGGCAGACGUUCUCAUUCUUAUUGAGCUUUCAUCAUAAAAGGACCUUUGCAACUCAAUAAGUCAUAUGAUUUUUUUUUUUGUGUGUGUGUGUGACUAAGAAUAGUUCACCUAAAAAUGAAAAUUGCACCAUGAUUUACUCACCCUCAAGCCAUCCUAGGUGUAUAUGACUUUCUUCUUUCAGACGAAUACGAUGAGAUAUAUAUAUAUAUAUAUAUAUAUAUAUAUAAAAUGUCCUGGCUCUUCCAAGCUUUAUAAUGGCAGUGAAUGGCUGUUGAGAUUUUGAAGUUCAAUAAAGUCCAUGCAGCCAUUAUAAAAAGUACUCCACACAGCUCUGGGGGGUUAAUAAAGGUCUUCUGAAGUGAAUCGAAGCAUUUAAGAAAAAUGUUCAUAUUUAAAACUGUAAUCUCUAGCUUUCGUUAACUGUUUUGGGUGAACUAUCCCACUAUCCCCUAAUUAAGUCAUUGUUCACUGAAAAACAUGACAUCUACCCUAAAUCUAGUUCAUAAGAGAACUUGCAGUGUUAUAAAUGAAUGAAACUUAUCUGAACGAUUCGUUCAUGAAUCUUGACUUCAAUUGAAAAAUUGUUCCUUACACAAAACUAUCGUAUGGCUUCAGAAGACUUGGAAUAUUUUAUUAAUUUAAUUAAAAAUGCUGAACUUUCAUCCAAAAAAGUACAUUUACAGCUCACUGACAUUAAAGGAGAA